GUGUGGAGCCAUGAAGCUGAAUGAGAGGAGCUUGGCCUUUUAUGCCACCUGUGACUCGCCAGCGGACAAUACCGGCUUCCUCUACAAGCGUGGCGAGCGGCACACGGCCUACCACCGCCGAUGGUUCGUGCUGAAAGGCAACAUGCUCUUCUACUUCGAGGAGCGGGAGAGCCGGGAGCCGGUGGGUGUCAUCGUGCUGGAAGGUUGCAACGUGGAGCUCUGUGAUUCAGCUGAGAACUUCGCCUUUGCCAUCCGCUUUGGCGGCGCCAAGUGUCGCACCUAUGUGCUGGUGGCUGAGAGCCAGGCCGCCAUGGAGUCAUGGGUGAAGUCACUGUCACGAGCCAGCUUCGACUACAUGCGCCUGGUGGUGCGGGAGCUGGAGAAGCAGCUGGAAGAGAUGCGCUGGGGGCUGGCUGGUGGAUGUGGGGGCUGCCAGGGGCCAUCUGGCUCCUGGAAGCUGAAGUCCUCAGUGCUGGAGCAAGCACCAGAGCGCCUGCCGGCUCUGCCUGCUGUCCUGCCGAAGGAGAAUGGCUGUGCAGUGUGGAACAACACGCCAGGAGUGCACCGGCCACCCGACACUUCUGGCAGCAAUGAGCAUGAUGGUGAAGAGAACCCGCGGCCACCACCACUACCACCACGCAGGCGGGCAUCAGGCAGUGAGGUGGGCAGCACUAGGGCAGCUGGAGCAGAGAGCCUGUCCAGCUUCUGCCAGCUCCACGAGCAGUAUGGACAGGAAGUGGCCCGGCUACGGCAGGACUGGCUGGAGAGGUGGCAUAGCCCCCAGCCCUGAGAGAUGGCUGAGCCGUGGUGACCCACCACAACUU